AUGACGGGUGUAGAAGUUAUUAGUGCGGCAUCUGGGCUAGCCGGUCUUUUUACCACGAUUAUUACCUGGUUUGACUACAUCUACAUUGCCAGAAAGGCGGCCCCGCGACUUCAGUCUCUGAUCGUGAAGCUUGGCAGUGCGCAGCUGAGACUAACGCGCUGGGGCCAGGCUGUCGGUCUGACAGGCUCGAAUAUCGAAGACGAGGAGUCGCUGAAAAGCUCGGGCUUAUUCCAGCUCGACGAGGAGCAAGAGAAUCAGGCUAUACGGACAUUUCAGAUCUUGGCGACUUUUUUCGAAGAGUCCAUGAAAAUCUGUCAUAAUGAACGCAAAGGAAAGUCUGAGGAUGACCCUGAAGUGAGAGCGAACGAAAUGAAGCCGUUCGGCCAGGAUGGCUUUAAGUGGAGUGCUAUGCACCGUUACCUCCAUGAGACAAUGCAAAAAAUCGUGCACGAGCGCAGAAACAAGAUGUCAGUUCCUAGACUCUUCAAGUUCGCUAUUUACGACGAGAAGCAUCUCGAGAAGCUAGUCAAGGACAUCAAUGACCACAUUGACGCACUGUACCAAAUUUACACUCCGUCUGCGAGCGACGAAGAAGCGGCGGGCGGGGAGGAAAUGGAUAAGCUUCUCAAAGUCAUGAAGGAAUUGCGCUCUGCAUCGGAGCGGGAUCCAGUAAUGAACACGGCUGUCAAGAAUCUAUUGGAGCAAAGAAAUGAAAACAUGAUCUUCAACACCACGGAGUCUACUGUCCAGAAAAUAGGGCAGGAUCAGCAAGGUCACUAUGUAAUGACGGUCGCAUCUGAUGCAAGCAAAAGAAGAUAG